AUAUAUAUAUAUAUAUAUAUUAUUUUUUUAACUGGAGAGAAAGUUUUGUGGGUUUCUUUUUGCAAGACUCCUUCUAGAUCGUUCUUCCGUUCUGUCCUGAAGAUAGACUUACUUUCUGUGGGCUUCUGGAUCGCGCCCUUCUGCCCUCCCCCAUUUCGUGGGACGCCUGGAAAGGAAGAAAACCGCGUCCGAAGCGCACGCUGAACGGCGGCACUGCACGACGGGUCACAGGGCGGGGAGCGAUCCCCGCGUCGCCCCCCGUGAAAUCGGCGGAGCCUGGACUUUCAGGAGGUACAGCAGCGACCUAAAGGGGACCUGGGCCCUUGCAGAGGGGACUUGUAUCGAAACUUGGGGCAGCUUUUCGUGUCGGACGCGUAGCUCCCCCAAGCAGCGCACUUUGGGGACGUGUCCGGUCCACUCCGGACUCGCAUCUCAUCCCACUCGGCCAUAGCCUUGGCUUCCCGGCGACCUCAGCGUGGUCACAGGGGGCCCCCUGUGCCCAGGGAAAUGUUUCAAGCUUUCCCCGGAGACUACGACUCCGGCUCCCGGUGUAGCUCGUCACCCUCCGCCGAGUCUCAGUACCUGUCUUCGGUGGACUCCUUCGGCAGUCCACCCACCGCCGCCGCCUCCCAGGAGUGCGCCGGUCUCGGGGAAAUGCCUGGCUCCUUCGUGCCAACGGUCACUGCAAUCACAACCAGCCAGGACCUCCAGUGGCUCGUGCAACCCACCCUCAUCUCUUCCAUGGCCCAGUCCCAGGGGCAGCCCCUGGCCUCCCAGCCUCCAGCUGUUGACCCUUAUGACAUGCCAGGAACCAGCUACUCAACACCAGGCCUGAGUGCCUACAGCGCUGGUGGAGCAAGCGGCAGUGGUGGGCCUUCAACCAGUACGACCAGCAGUGGCCCCGGGCCUUCCCGUCCAGCCAGAGCCAGGCCUAGAAGACCCCGAGAAGAGACGCUUACCCCAGAAGAAGAAGAGAAGCGAAGGGUUCGCAGAGAGAGAAACAAGCUGGCUGCCGCUAAAUGCAGAAACCGCAGGAGGGAGCUGACCGACCGACUCCAGGCGGAAACGGAUCAGCUGGAAGAGGAAAAGGCAGAGUUGGAGUCGGAGAUCGCCGAGCUGCAAAAAGAGAAGGAACGCCUGGAGUUUGUCCUGGUGGCCCACAAACCGGGCUGCAAGAUCCCCUACGAAGAGGGGCCGGGGCCAGGCCCCCUGGCCGAGGUGAGAGAUUUGCCAGGGUCAACAUCCGCUAAGGAAGACGGCUUCGGCUGGCUGCUGCCGCCCCCUCCACCACCGCCCCUGCCCUUCCAGACCAGCCGAGACGCACCCCCCAACCUGACGGCUUCUCUCUUUACACACAGUGAAGUUCAAGUCCUCGGCGACCCCUUCCCCGUUGUUAGCCCUUCGUACACUUCCUCGUUUGUCCUCACCUGUCCGGAAGUCUCCGCAUUCGCCGGCGCCCAACGCACCAGCGGCAGCGAGCAGCCGUCCGACCCCCUGAACUCGCCCUCCCUUCUUGCUCUGUGAACUCUUUAGACAAACAAAACAAACAAACCCGCAAGGAACGAGGAGGAGGAAGAGGAAGAGAGGGGAAGAAGCAGUCGGGGGUGUAUGUGGACCCCUUGACUCUUCUGUGUGACUGCCUGCCGCCUCUGCCAUCGGACAUGACGGAAGGACCUUUGUGUUUUGCGCUCCGUCUCUGGUUUCUGUGCCCCGGCGAGGCCGGAGA